AGGAUACUGCGCCGUUUUAAAACUAAUUUCAUAUAUAUAUAAAUAGGGAAGAGAAUAUCAAGUAUAGUAUUUGUAUCACAAUGGCGAUGGAAAACCGACAUAGCUCAGCCGUUAGCGGCGGCAGCGGUGGUGGUGAUAUCUACCACCUGCCUGAAGGUUGCAUAGAGAACGUACUAUCAUUGACGAGUCCGAGAGAUGCGAGUCAGUUAUCGGUGGUAGCUACGAUUUUCCGGUCGGCUGCUGAAUCUGACGCCGUUUGGGACCGGUUUUUGCCACCGGAUUACCGUGAUAUUAUUUCCCGGUCUAGCGGUGGACCGGAAUCGAUCAAUGUCGGUUCUAAGAAAGAGCUUUUUUUCUAUCUCUGUGAUCAUCCUUUUUUCAUUGACGGUGGCACUAAGAGCUUCUCAUUGGAGAAGCGCAGUGGAAAGAAAUGCUACAUGUUAGCUGCAAGGUCACUUGCAAUUGUUUGGGCUGACACACCUCAGUAUUGGAGAUGGAUCCCUCUUCCCACGUCCAGGUUCUCAGAGGUUGUCGAACUUCUUGACGUCUGCUGGUUUGACAUUUCUGUCACGAUAAACACCUCUAUGCUAUCCCCCGACACCAACUAUGCAGCCUACUUUGUGUUCACAAUGAAAUCCAGGACGUACGGAUUUGAUCACCAAAGUGCAGAGGGUGUAGUAGGGAUUCCAGGGCAUGAAAGGCAACCACAGACAGUUUUCUUGGAUCCAGAGGCAGCACGCAGGCACAUGUACCAAAUAGUUCCAAGGCGGUUGGGACUAUUGAACCGGAUGGCUGAUAACCUGAGAGGGGGAGUGAAUCCUCCACCUUCAGAAAGUGAAGCACAAGCACGAUACCCACAACAGAGAAGUGACGGAUGGAUAGAAGUCGAGUUGGGAGAAUUCUUUGUCAAGAGAGGGCAAGACGUUGAACUCGAGAUGAGCUUGACAGAGGUGAAGGAAGGUAACUGGAAAAGUGGCUUAGUUGUUGAAGGGAUUGAAAUCAGGCCUAAGGAAGGGUAAUGAGCUUGAUACUGAAAAAGUUCAUUUAGUGUCUGUCCUAAGCCAUUUUUCUAUUGAGGGAAGAUUAAAAGUUACAAGGCCUAAACCGAUUGUCCCACAUGUGGCUGGUGAGAUUUGGACCAAAAAAAGUAGAAGAUUUGCACCAGAGUUUUUCAAGAAAUUGGAUCAUCAUAUGGUCAACAGGUGUGAAAAUCUAGACUUGUGUAGUGUUCUUAGGCAUUUUAUAUUUUGUUGUGGUCUGUUAUGUUUCCCCUGUUGUAUUUUGGUCAGUGAUCAUUUGUGUUAAAAUAAUUUUGUGGAA